AUCACUAGGAGGAACAAGAGUCAAAGUCUCAUCUAGACAUCAGUGAAGGAGAAGCUCCUCUGUGAACGUCAUCCAAAAUGGAGGGGAUCACAGGAAGCAUGUUACUGUUGUGCCUUAUUAGCUUAGCUAAUGCAAAUACCAGUCCUACAAUUACCACUGUGGUUCAUUCUGUGUGUGAAGACACCCCUAUAGGUGGCUAUGCGUUUAAUAUAAACGCAGUAGAUGCGGAAAAUGACCCACUGACUUAUUCACUGACUGGGGCCAAUGCCCAAUACUUCCGAGUUGACAGCAGCAGUGGGAGUGUAUCAAUCAAAAUGCCACUGGAUAGAGAGACACAAAAAACUUUAACUAUAAUAUUAUCAGACGCAAACGACAACCGACCCAUAUUCAAGCAGCCUACGUAUGAUGUUAACGUCCCAGAAAAUACCACCGUAGGUACAUCUCUGUUUAAAGUGGAGGCCACUGAUGCAGACACUUCAAGCGCUGGUGUUAUUCAUUACACAAUUGAUGAAGUUACUCCAAAUGAUGGAUCAAGUCUUUUCAGCAUUGUAUCUACAACUGGUGAAGUCAGAUUAAAUGGAAAUCUGAAUUACACCGGAUUGAGCGUUUACUAUCGGCUGAAGAUUAACGCAAGUGAUGGUGGAGGCAAGUGUUAUUCUAAUGAGAACAACUACUUCUCAAGCAUUGCUUUUUCCUUUGUUACGGUUGUGGACGUCGCAGACCUGGACCCACAGUUCAUUGGUACUCCCUACGUAGCGAGAGUUGAAGAGAAUUCUGCUUUGGGCCAUUCUGUGUUUAAAGUGACGGCCAUAGACAAGGACACAGGAGUCAAUGAUGCUAUUAUCUUCAGCAUUGAAAGUUCCACAGCAGAGGGCCUGUUUGAAAUCUCACCAGCUGAUGGCAUCAUAUCUGUAUUGGCAAAUAUUGACAGAGAAGAUAUUGGUGACACUGUUACCCUGACUGUAAAGGCUACUGAGUCUCAAGAAAACAUCCACGGCAUCAAGGCCAACACUAAAGAAAAUGUACAGAUCAACAUCAUUGACAAAAAUGACAACAGGCCGGAGUUUUACCAGUGUGGAGGCUCGGGAGACAAGCUGUCCUGUGUGAAUGCAAUUCACUUCACAGGAGAGGUCGUUGAGCACUCCUUAGGCUCUGUUUUCAUCAACAUGACAGUCAAAGAUCUGGAUAAGAUUUCCAAAACUCAACUAACCCUGGAGGGUCCCGACAAGGCCAUGUUUUCUGUGGAACCUCAAUCCACCAUGUCAGACAGCAUUGUUCAGCUCCUGGUCAAGCAGCCCCAAUUACUGGAUUUUGAAGAAAAACAGAAAAUGGUUCUACAAGUCAUUGCCAUAGAUGAAGAAAAAAGCACCUUCCACUCCACUGCUACAGUUACUAUUAACAUCAAGGACGCCAAUGACAACAGCCCCAAGUUCCCACAGGACACGUAUAAGUUGGAGGUGCCUGAGGGCUCUCCUGUUGGAACAAUAUUGGGCAACUUUACUGCAGACGAUCCUGACACAAUGGAUAAAGGCAAUAUCACCUACAAACUUCUUCCAGAAAGCAUACGACUGUAUUUUGACGUGGACCCAAAUACGGGCACAGUUUAUGUGAAAAACGCAACUCUGUUGGAUCGUGAGGUCAGAUCUCUGUAUUCAGCCACUCUCCAGGCCAGGGACUCAGAAGACAAGCCCGGCAGCACGGUACUGGAAAUCACUCUGACUGACAUCAACGACAAUGCCCCAGUCAUGAACAGGGACUCUUACCGGGAGUUUGUUAAAGAGGGUGAAGAGCUUGAACUUACGAUACAGGCAACUGAUGCAGAUGACUCUGAUACAUCAAACAGUCAAAUAAUUUUUGCCAUCGAACCAAGCACGUACAGUAAUAACUUCACCAUCGACGCUAUAACCGGUGUGUUAAGAAACAAGGAUGAACUUGAUCGCGAGGCCCUGGACCCGAAGCUGAACGGGAGGAUCGAGCUCAAUGUAACCGCCACUGACAAGGGUAUUCCCCCAUUGUUCGCCAUGGUCACAGUUAUCAUCAUUGUGGAGGAUGUCAAUGACAACGGACCACAGUUUAAAGCCUCCUUUUACAAAUUCUCUGUCAAAGAAGCAGAAAAAGGCGCCUUUGUGGGUUCUGUUCAGGCUCAAGAUUUGGACCAAACGAAAGAGUUUAACCGCAUGACUUUCAACAUCAUUAGCGGAGGCUUUGGUAGCUUCAACAUUCGCAGCUUUUCAGAUGAGCCGGGUUACAGUGGAAACAUCACCGUGGAGUUCGACAUUGAGCUGGACUACGAGAGCGUUCACAAGCAGUUCAAUCUGCUGGUACAGGCAAUAGAUCAGGAACAGAAGACAGCUGAAGUGAAGGUGGAGGUGGAAGUGUUGGACGUGAACGAUGAGAGGCCCGAGUUCAACCCAGACGGCUCUGUGACGGUGAAGGAGAACACCACCAUCAGCGGGGCUGUUGGAAGCUUCACAGCGCAGGACAAAGAUGGAAACCACUCACUGGUCUACGAGCAGGAAUCCAUCAAAUGCAGAUGCAACGGCUCUCUGACUGACUGCAGCUGGUUUAUCCUGGAUCCGACGGGGGAAGUCAGAGUCAACCCGGCGCACACAGCGGAUUAUGAAAAAUGUGACCAGGUGGUGAUUGAGGCUCAGGUGGUGGACGAGUGGACAGAGAAAGGAGAGAACAACAGUGUCAAAACAGGACAAAUGGUGAUCAACAUUGAAGACAUCAACGACAACGCCCCAGAAUUCAUUUUCUCAGAUUCUGUAUUUGUUGUGGUGUCAGAAAGUGCAAGUAAGGGGACAUCGGUAGCAGGAGUCACUGCUACAGACCGUGACUCUGGAAUAAAUAGGCAGAUUGACUUUAAAGUAACAUCAGUCCAAUUUCAAGACACCAACAAUCAUACAAGUAACAUGAGGCUGCUGUGCGAGGCCGUCACCACACAGCAAAAGGACAUUUAUGUUGGAAUUAUUCAAACUACCGAGGGGCUUGAUACAUCACUGAAAGGGAGGUAUUUGGUAACAGUAAGUGCAACUGACAGCGGCAAACUCUCCACCAGCACCGUACUGAAGAUUUUCGCAGUGGAUGAAUCAUUUAGAGUGGAACUUAAAUUUACUCUAUCCGAAGCCGUCGUUGAAGAAAAAAUCAACGAAAUCACCAAUGCGCUUAUAACUGCCACCAAGGCUUCUGUGCAAAUUGCUGUAAUCAGGCCUGAUUUUCCUGAAGCAUCCAGGGAUUCAGGUAACACGAUCAUAGUGGCAUAUUUUGUCUACUCCAACGGGACCGCUCUUACCUCGAAUGAAGUGGAAAAGAUGAUCUCAGAUCCUGAACACUCUCUUGUACUUAUACAGCUUGGCCUCGCGGACAUUGGGAAGGCUCCUGUGAUCGAAGCAGAAGCCGACCCUGUGAAGUUCAUCCUGGUAGGGAUGCUGGCAGGCCUCAUCAUCGUACUGGCUGUCCUCACCACUUCGCUGAUGUGCACUCGCAGAAACUACAGGAGGAAGCUGAAGUCAGCUAAAGCCAUGAACUCUGCAUCCAUGGUGACCUCUGACAACCAGAAAAGCGGCCCCGUGGUGCCUGGAACCAACAAGUACACCAUGGAGGGGGCUAAUCCUGUUCUCAACCUCAACAUCGACACGGCCAUGGUGCUGGAUAUGGACGACGAGUCAGAUGUGGACAAAGUCAGCCUCAACUCCCUGGACUGCAGCGAUGAUAUGAACAUUCCUGAAAAGGAUCAAUCUAACAUGGAGGAGGAGGAGGAGGAAGACUACGGGCCACCGGAGUACAUUGAGCCUCUGGGUGCAGCGCUGGCCCAGCGGGGCCAGAAGAAAGGCUCCAAAAAUCCUCCUGCGGGUUUUAUUAACCCCGCGUUCAGCACGACAGACCUGUGAUGGAAAUAAAGAAGGGAGACCAGAGGCCUCAGAUUGUGUUGCUUCUCUGUAAUCAGGCUGAUCAAGUUUCCAGUCAAACACUUUGAUGGUGUUGGAAGAAGUCCUUGUGUCUUCAAGUAGCCUUCUGUUGUGACCAAUAGUUAUGUAUUAUUGCUGAUAUGGAUUUAUGGCACCUAAAGUGAUGAAUUUUCUUUGUAUAAACAUUCAAUUCAAGGGGGGAUAAAAGGGAAAAACUAAAUGGGAGAUGUUACUCUGUGAAAACAAUAUAGUGAUAUCACAUAGUGUAUUGAUCUCACAGAGUUUGCUUUGGUUAUGGAAUCGAGUUUAAACACAGCUUAACCACACCUCAAAAGCUCAGCCAGCUGUCCCCCUGUUUCCAUUCUUUAUGCUAAAGUAAGCUAAGUGCCUGCUGCUUCACAUUUAGUGCAAAGACAUGAGAGUGGUAUAGACCUUCUCUUGCAAAUAAGCCUAAUUCCCCAAAUUCUUCCUUUAAAAAUGUCUUAAACCUUGUCUAGACAAUGACAAAUUGAACAGAAGCAAAGGGAAAGCAAACAAAACAAUUGCUUGUUGCACAUGUGAAUCACUUUAUUUUUGUUUAUAUAUUAAGCAACAGUUUAAAAACUGUUUGGAUUUCUUUUAAAUUAAUUGUAUUAUACGUUAUGUCAACACACACAAUGCUAAUUUUUGUUGCAGCUGAUGCUACUAUAAAGAAAAUCCAAAAAGAGGAACAUAUUGCAUAAUGUCAAUGUAUGAAUGAAUUAUUUAUGACUGCACGUCAGCCAAAAGGUUUAACCUUAGGCUUGUUUAAUUUCUCAGUGUUUGCUUAGAGUUUGAAAUAAAACCUCAUGCAGUGUGAAUUUCUACAAGCAGUGGAUUGAAAAGAUGGCUUCACUGUUUACUGACAUCUAAAUGAAUGUAUCACAAGUGCAGUCUGAAUAAAAUCAAUUUCUCCAAACAUGGAUUUGAUCAUACUUUUGUGAAUGUAACAUAUGAACACCAACAUCACUGACACUGUAACAACCUCUAGAUUAAUACACAUUUAAAAUAGGUUUCAUCACAUAAUUUACAACUGAAUCACUAAUUAUGGCGUUAAAAUACAGUAAGAAGUAAUGCUUAAAAAUACCCUCAUAUCAUGUGUCCAUUGUGCUCAUUAUUUUUAAAUCUUUAUACUUUUCACAAUACAAACAAGUCAAAACGUUGAGCCAAAUCUAAAAGCAGAAUAUAAGACAUACAAAAGCCUUUCACACACACAUCAAGGCAACAUUUAGAUCAAUUUUAACUUCCAAACAUUCAAACCUAAGUGACCUCCAGGUUGUGGUGACUGACCACAAGUUCAUAAAUCACAAUCAAAAACCGUCACUGUCACUCUUCUAUCAUCUCUCUCGGUCGAAGCUUCGUUAAGCUUGUAAGCAACGAGGAGACGCAUUGCCUUGGCUUCAUAUUGUCUGAGGU